AUGUCGACCAUGCUUCACUGUGUAUGUCCUAUUGCUCCACAGGACAUCUUUUUUGAUAUCCAUGUUGUUGUCUACUUGAAGAAUUCGUUUAGGGAACAUAAUCCUGUACAUGAGGUCACCGAUCCGUCAGCUUCUGCAGCCACUUUUGUGAACAUGACGGUCUCACAGUGUGUGCAAUUUUGCCCUACCAUUCGAGUUGAGAAACUUGGACAACGCCGUACACAAUUAGCUUCCGAGUGCAGUCGUGUCGCAACAUCAGAUGGCGCAAUAGUGGGAGGAUCAGCCUCUUUGCAAACUGGUCGUGCAUUGCCAAAGUUACCUUUGGAAGUAUAUUCUGCCAUAUGCAAAACUCGCAGAGCGAACACUGCUUUUUUUGAUGAGGAUGGGAAUCCCACAUACGAAUCUAUAGAUCUCGAAAAUGACUCCUUAAUUUACCCUCUUUAUUCAAAAUUAGGUGAUGUGGUCUCGAGCCAUCCAGAGAGGAAGUAUGACUAUCCAGUGUUUUCUGCAAAAGAAACAUCUCCAUCCACACAUAAUUAUGGUGGUGUUGACUAUCAAAGUUCAUCACAGGUCUAUAUUAUUUGCGGAAGCGAAGACCCAUACAGCUCAAUCACUCCUGAACCAAGAAGUUCUACUACUGCAGUUGACCGGGAUGCUUGUACUAGCAGUGCUUGUGAUGCAGGAUAUGCAAAGGUCAAGCAAGGAAUUGGUACCUCUUGGCGAAAGGAGACUGUUAAAUGUGCUGAGUUUGAGGUUGAUCAAAUCUAUUCUAAGAUUCGACGACCAUCUUUGAUAACCGUCGACGACACUUUCUCCCCUUUGGAGGUUCCCAAUCCUGCAGCAGACAAAGAAAUUGGAGACGGCAUCGUUGCUGAGAUUUCACGACCAAAUUCAAUGGCUGUUGACACCGAAUCGUUAUCAAGUCGCGAACCAUCAUAUCGAUAUAUCACAAUUCGUGAGAGUGCAGAGCUUGUUCGUGAAAGAUUGCGAGUGCAAGGACAACUUACUUUGCCAGCUAGAGAGCAUUAUUAUUCUGUUAUUGGCAAUGAGUAUGAGACUGUCGGCGAUGUACCUAGUACCUACACUUACAGUACAGUUGUCAUACCUCGCAGUCAAGGUAUGUUGAACGUCACGAUGUUGUUGCCUGAAUUCGUGCCUCCGCCGCCAACGUCUCCUAUCCCCGGCCGAACACCAUGUAAUGAAUCCCCAACACUCGCUUCUGGCUUGCAGCAGCCAUCUUCAAGCAACACUCAAAGUGUCAUCACACCUUCAUACUCUGUCUUGUCAAAAACUAGAGCUACCACUUCGCAAGUUGAUGUUUUUGCGGAUGGCACUGCUGAAGGUGCCACUGAGCCUAGCUUUUUGGAGGGAGAAGCUUCUGGGUCUCCUAAUUCAAAGCUACCUUCUGCGACAAAACUGAACAGUGAGCUGAAUGUGGUCUUGCAUCUCUCUUCAAUCGAGUUUGGAUUCAUGCAGCGUCCUAUGGCUGAAGAAAACGGCCUUUGUGAUGAAGACAUUACAACAGAGAGACGGAAACUCAUGGAGGUCAACAGGACCACAUGUAGCAAUGCGUAA